UCGGUACCACAUGCUCACACACCGGCACGACCCCAGGACUAAUACUCAAACGGUGGAAAAGUUACUAAAACACGCAAAAGACAGACUAAAAGAGGACGGGCUGAAGUCUCUGCAGUACACAGAAGUGGCCACGGAGUCAUGAAGUGUCCGGGCUUGCUCCUGUGCGUUGCGGUGUCUGGCGUUGUCUGCUUCCACAGCUUUGACUUGGUGCGACAAGAGUGGGAGAGUUUUAAGCUGGAGCAGAAAAAGCAGUACGCAUCAUUGAAGGAGGAAAGAGAACGCAUGAAUAUAUACGUCGAUAACAAAUUCAAGGUGGCCAAGCACAACCAGGCACAUGCCCGGGGGCUCACAUCGUUCACGCUCGCUCUCAACGCGUUGUCUGACUACUACCCAGAGGAACUACAACGCAUGCGCGGCUACAAACCCAAAAUUACUCGUCCCGCCGGUGGCACCUUGCAAAACAGCUUCCCCGAUAAUCUGCCUCUGGCCGUGGAUUGGGUUUUCAAAGGAGCCGUGACGGAGGUCAAGGACCAGGGCACAUGCGGCUCUUGCUGGGCAUUUAGUGCCACUGGUGCCCUCGAAGGGCAGUAUUUCCUGAAAACAGGAGGAUUGAUUUCAUUAUCGGAACAAAACCUGCUUGACUGUUCUGAAUUCUACGGAAAUGUUGACGGCUGUGUUGACGGAGGUCUUCCGAAUGAUGCCUAUACUUACGUUGCAGCCAAUGGUGGUGUUGAUAAGGAGAAAUUAUACCCUUAUAAAGGAGUUCAAGGCCUGUGCAGGUAUAACCCUAAAUACUCCAAUAACAUGACCGUUAAAGGCUUUAAGGAUCUUCCUUACGCUGACGAAGGUGCUCUCCAAGAUGCGGUAGCAAAUAUAGGCCCAAUAUCCAUCGGUAUGGAUGCCAGUCUAGAUAGUUUUGAACUCUACAAAGACGGAGUGUACUUCGACAAGGACUGCACUUCUACAAAUCUGGAUCAUGCGGUGCUGGUAGUAGGAUACGGCACGGAGUACCCAGGUGGUGACUACUGGCUAGAAAACUCAUGGGGCAAAACAUGGGGUAUUAACGGCUACAUGAAGUUGGCGCGCAACCGCGGCAACCAUUGCGGCGUCGCGACCGAUGCUUCCUACCCUUUGCUUUAAUUUAAUACACUACAAUGUAUUUAUUACAUCUUUAUUCAAUUAGAAGUAUAAGUUUAAAAUUGAUACUGACGAUUAAUGUUUAAUAAUGUUGUAUAAUUAAUGUGUACUUAAGUGUUUUGGUUCAGCACUGUAAACUUGCAUGUGAUUUAUAAAUAAAUAUAAAUAUAAUAUAAAUAAUACAAAAAAAUAAGAGAUUAUUUAUACUUAGUAAUUGUUGCGGUCUCCUAUUCAAAAUGUAUUUAGACUUUAUACAUUAAGUAGGUACAUAGUUAGGAUAGGCUAAGUUCGAAUUAAGUAUAAUUAUUUAUCAAAUUGUUUAAGGUCAAUACGGAUGUGUGUCUGGUCUUUACAUUUGGCCUGUUUACAUAAUGAUCAGAGUAGGUAUAUAAAA